AUGCACCUGUACUGUUUUAAUACGAUUAUUGAUCUGAUAAAAUAUGUUUCCAAUCAAGAAUUAUCGUACAACCUGAGACAUUUCAUUGCUCUGCGAUUGAUUGGUGAUCUAGAAAAUACGCCUGACGCAAAUAAGUUGUUAACGCAUCCAUUCAUAACAGGAAAAUGUCAUAUUUCUUGA